UCAUCACUUUACGUUUGCCGUAAUUUCACUCCAUAGAGCACACAUAUGCAUUAAAUAUUCAAGGAAUUCCAUUUUGUGGCGGGGGACGUCAAACCGGGAACAGCAAAAUGAAGCAGCCACGGGCUGAAUGUCUGCGAUUCCAUAGCAGAGGGUCAGCCUAGUCCAGAGUGGUGGUGGAUCCAUUAGUGUUGAGCUUUGCUCUGCAAUUUGUUAAAUCCAGGGAAGACCAACUGACACGGCGAACGGCGGUGCGAGGUUCAGUGAUUCCUGUGUGAGCUACUUUUUUUUAAUCAGAAUUUUGUAUGCGGAUUGUGAUUGAUUAACCAACACAAGCAUCCAGCAGCGGGCGGAAAAACGAAUAAUCAACAGGAACAGGAAGGUGCUCGGGAGAAGCAAUUUUCUCCCCAGGAAAAAGUGGAUUUAAUCGAUUAACGCACAUCGGAUCAAAUUGAAUUGUUGCUUGCUUCUGUGGUCCGUGAGUAUUGGAAGUGAAAUUUGGUUGAAAAAUUUUUGUUUCGCAAAAGUAGAAAGUGAAGCAGACCUAGCAAUUAGCGCGUGCGAUUCUUGGAAGCCUGAAAGCCAGUGUGUGUGUGUGUGUUGAUUUUCCGGUAGAUUUUGUUUUCGAUUUCACCGAAUCAAUUUGGAUAAUCCGAAUCAAUUUGAAUGAUCAAAAUUCAAUGACGUGUGAAGACUUACCAAAUAUUAUGAAAAGUCAGUGAUGAAAAGUGUGGAGAAAAAUGACCAAUAAGCAGUGAUCAGAUGAAUACUUUUCAAACGAUUAUCAGUUAUCGAAUCUGAACAAACAACAUGACCGGGAUUAAGAAGCCGUUCUGAGCCGAACACCCUUCUACAAAAAAAGGAUACCGCAGCUUCCAUUAACCAGCUGACUAGCGCGGGAGGACGAACGUGUCGGGGAGAUUCACCGACAUCGCGUGAGGAGCAAGGGCUAAAAAGUACGCCAGAUAUUAAAACACUAAAUUGUGUUGGCUUCGGUGGGGCUGUUGAGUGUGUUGAGGUGUGAGGCUGUGACAUUCUCGCCAUUACGACGCCCCCGCGUAGGUCGCUGGAAGGUGAACGAGUGGCACACACGUACGGCAUACAGGUGGGGCACGUGUACACACAGCACGUUCCGGUGAGAACACGACGCCUCCAGUGCGAUCCCAUCAGGUGAAAAGUCCCAUCAAACCAAAGAAGCUGCAAGUCACUUGAAUGUUCAACCAGGCAGCGGUGGUUCGGAUGAGGUUACAUGUGUGCAUGUGUGUUUAUGUGGGUCCCGAGUGUGAAUCCAGGGGGCUUGGGCUGGCGGUGUAGCAGUAAAUCUUUGAGAUUUCCCAUCGUAAAUGACACCUUUUUGCUGAGGCAAACUCACAAGUCGAAAUACAUAACCGUGAAAAAUAGUGCAGAGAUAAAGAGGUGAGACAAAAAGAAGAUGAUUGUGAAAUCCUGGAAGAAAUGAUGUUUGAGUGAACGAAAAAAAAAACAAAAACCAUUGGUGGCAUUUUCCUGGUUGAUACCUACACUCGCGAAACAACAACAACUUUGCAAAAACAAUUGCAAAGUGCGCCGGUUGGAAAUUGACGGGAAAAUCUUGAAAAGCGAAACAAUCCGAACAACAGUAGAUAAUGAUACAAAAGACACAUUUGUGACUUUUUCUACCGCCUCGCCGAGCAUAAUACAUAUAUAACGAGCAGGAAGUUUGUUUGCGUGAGUGUGUGUGUUGAUUUUCACGGAAAAGCGGAGAACAAAAAGAAAAUUUGUGUGGGACUCUGAAAAGAGCAGAAAGUGAGUAAGAGAGGAGAAGAAAAGCAGUGCGCUGACGGAAACAGUGAACACAGAGGUAAAAAGUGAAAAGCAAAAGGUGCAAGAGAAUUGUUUUGUUGUGUGGUGGAAGGUGAUAGUGCCCAGAUGGAAGCGGGCGGAAGAGUUUGGUUUUCUGUGAUUUAAAACGAAGAAUAAAACGCAAUAGCACGACCUGAGCAUGUGGUUCGUGGUAUCCGGGAAAAGUUAAAAAAGUGAGAACCAUAUUCAGCGUGUACAUCAGUGGCAGCUUUUACCCGGCAACAUUUAAAAAUGAAGAUAAAGGAUACAUCCCAGCGCCGUAAUGAGUAAAGUUAUAUCGGAGCGCCGCAUUCAUCAUACAUAGGAUUUUCAUAGCAGAGAAUGUUUCCAUAGCAAUGGGAAAAGCCGCGCGACGGUCAGUUGCGUCAGAUCCGUCGUCGCCGACCUUAUCCUUUUCGCAUUCGUCUACCACGUCAUCAACUGGCGCAGCAUCUUCCUCAGGAUCAGCUAUAGCAGUACCCUCAUUUGCGGACUCAUCAUUUAUCGACAGAAGCCGCAGCAAUUCAUCCCCGUUUCGUGCAUAUCUACCUGAUAACCCACCAAAAACCGCAACACUCCAAUCAGCACCAUCAUUGAUAGCAAGCAGCAGCAGCAGCAGCAGUAGCACUGUCGAUCUACCGUUGGCCGCGGUGGGAUCUUUUCAUACAUCGACCGCAUCGCCGAGGCACACAACACCCGCAUUUAGUGCUAGCACUGCCACGGCUACCACUAUCCAAACGACAAGCCCGGAUAAUAGUGGCAAUAGUAAUGACGGUGCAGCAGCUAGUGCGCCCGGCAAUCUAACCGAAAGUGUCGACGUCAGCCCUCACCAAGGCCUCACCACCUCACUCACAUUGCCCUCGUCUCGUCUCUGCAGCAAUCAAACACAGGCGGAACGGAAGCGGGAGCAGAUGCGGAUGGAGUUCUACGCGACGUACGACGUCAUGACCGGCGUCCGGAUAGCGGCCACCCUGGGUGGCUUCUUUGGCCUUAUGGUGUUCCUGGUGAUCUACAAGAGUCGGAGUCGAUCGACGACGAAGGCGCUCAAGGAUCCCACAAUAGCGGCGGUCGCCGCCGCGGUCGUUCAGGAGGAGGAAGAGCGCGAACUGCAGGAAGCAAUCGAAGCGACGGCGUUCUCCCUUCUACAGGAGGAACUGCACAUCAACUAUCCGGGUCUGAAGCGAGAGCGGCUGAUGUCGCUCGGGAACGUCAGUGCGCCACCGAUGCUGAAUCGCAACCACCGGUUUUCGUCCGUGAGCGGUGGGUACAGCAGCCUGCUGAACCCACCGCGACGAUACUCCUACGCUAGCAGCCGAGGUCACCGCAACAGCGUAUCGGUCUCCUCGCGUGUACUCAGUGCCUACAACAUGGGCGAAAGUUUCGGUCAGGAGGACUAUUUUUUAGAGAGUGACGGCGAGGAAGCUGACGACGAGUUCGAUCAGUACACCACAACGGCGGAUGUGGGCUAUCCCACGGGGAAUUUUCUCGUGGUUCCUGGGAAGGGGUCAGAGUCGCGACGAAGCAGUGCGAUGACCUGCUGCAGUACGGAGAGUUCAUUCCUAGAGCGAAGGUGCUCGGCUAUUACGUUAGGGUUAUCAUCACUUCCACCGAUAUCUCGGUCCCCAUCGCGGCAACAUAGCCACGAGGAUCGUUCUCAUGUUGCCAAUGCGUGCGCCAUCGGGGCGACAUGCGCGGAUUGGGAUACCUUCUAUCCCGGUAUCAAUAUAAUCGAAGCAACGCCAAAGUCUUCACCGUGUCCCAGCGAGAGGGUGGCACACAAGUCAACGAGUUUAGCAGCCCGUGAAUAUUUUACAAGUAAAAAGCAUACGCUUUACGACGAAAACUCAAUUGAUUGUAUAUCUGAGUAUCCUGACACGAAUGGUGCUGAAUUUAGUCGUAGCCAGAAAGUAACACGGCAUAAUUAUAACAAUAGCAGUAGAAUAGAUGACAUUAGUAUAGCGAAUCAUAAUGGUAGCAGCAAUGUAGUUGUGCGUAGAGCUCCUCUAGCGUCGCUUAGUUCCUUCAAGCUGUCGUCAGCGGACUACCAGGACAGUGAUUUGCGUAGCUGUGGGUCGGACUCCGUGUUCAACGAAAGCUGCGCAGAUACUGACGAGGAUCUGCAACAAUUCAGCACUGACAGUGAUGAGCUCAGUAUUCCGGACGACGGCGAAUGCAGUGCUGCUCCGGUUGCUACUGCCAUCGCUGGUCCCAGUACGUCAGCAACUAUCUCCGGUGGGACAACCGGUACUGUCAUAGGCGGUGCAAGCAGUAGCAGUGGUAGCUGUAACCAACCUAGGCAGCAGCGUGACGUUUUUAGUGGUGCCACCAGUGAAUACGCCGUGUAUAUCGAUCUUGAGAAACCUAAUGAUAAUAGUUGUUUAAGUAGUCUUUCAAAUAGCAAUCGACGUGGUAAAACCAAGCUGAAAUCCGAGAUGGUUAAUUUAGUGACUAAAAUUGAAACAAAAGCAAUCAUCGAAAGACAGCAACAAAAUGACAACCGGGACCGGUCACCAUCUCCUCGACCGAAGGCCAGUGGUAGCAGUUUGCCUAGCAUUCGCCCUAGCAGUCAAUCAAUUAGCCAUAACCGUAAGAACAACAAUAACACUAGCUCUAGCAAAAGUAAUAAUAAUAAUAACGACGAUAAUAGCAAUCAACAAGGCGAGGAGGAGAGUAACAAUAAAUGCGUUGAAGUUAAUGUUAUAAUCAAAAACCAUAGCAGUAAUAUAAAAAGCCCCUCUGUGAUUCUCGAGCUACCUAUCCUGACGAUAGAGGAGGAUAGCUCCCAGCUGCCGCUGUCGCCGGUGGAUCCCCGCUGUGCGCCAGGUUCCUCGCGAAAAUGGUCCAAGGAAACGCUGUUUUAGUUGCGACAAAACCGGCUGGCAGCUACUGUACUGAAAUGAGAUGCACCAAAAGUAACCUGACAAAGAGGAGGGUAGUCUAUUUCCAGAAGAUAUUUCCUGUUAUCUAGAGAUCGGGUACGAACUGUCACACGCAAUACCACCACUUUACAGAUCUAUCGAUCCGUCCAGCCUUCUGUGCGUGAAGUUGCAUAGCAACUCAAACUGAAGCAUCCCAGCCAGCCAGUCUUGAGGUGUUUCAAAAGGUGGUGAAGAAUCGUAAUAUUGAAUGCACGAUAUUCAUGCAAUCUGCCUCUGCUGCAAUUAAAGAGGAUUGAGGAUCGAGAACGCAUUUUUUGUUGCACAAUCCUAGCGGUUUUAGUUAUAUGAGCGAUAGAAAUAAUUUCAGCUUGUGUUUCUAAUACUGUAGGGUACUUCCCACAAAUUGACUUCUUGAACUAAGGAUACUCAUUGAUCCAUGAAGAGGGUGGAGCAAGACUUCGCGGCCGUGCCUAAUAUCGGCGACAAUUGCUCCUUUUUAAUCUUAAAUUUUCACAGUAUGCGAAUGAACAAUAAAAAUGUGCUGAGUCCUCAAGUUUUUAAUGCCAAACAUGUCAAUGUAACUUUAAGACUACUGAGACUAAGCAAUGUUACCAUUUUGUGCAUCACCUCGGAAUAAAUCCUAGUAUAAAAUGGUUUGAUGAUAGAGUAAUCGUUAAAUUCGUUCAGUUAUCGACACAUCAAACAUUAAACAACCAUUUUCAAUGUAAAUAAUAUUACGAUUCGGUUGUAUGGUGUACGAAUCAAAUAUAUUCACAAAUCAAACUCUCAAUAUUUUCAACCCUUUGCGGUCGUUUGUCUGUUCUCAGAAGUGUACUAAUCUUGUACUUUAUGCAACAAUAUUAACAGUUUUUCUAAAAAAAAUGUUAAUGUCUAGUGAAUUCAUUCAAUACGACACCCAUGUCCAAAUUUAACCUAACCGAGCAACUCUCGCGAUUUUAAAUAAGGUAAAUGAUUUUGGUUUGUCCAGUCGAAAAUAUGAUCAUGGUUUGUCCACUUUUUUGACUGCUCUAAUUCAGCACACCUUUGCCAAAUCAGGUAUUCGAAUGUUUCAAAACAUAUAAAUAAAAUUGUCUUUUUCAUGAUUUACAGUAGUUUCAGUUAUAGUAUUUUUUUAUUGAAUCACAUGUUUUAAAGGAUUAUAAAAUACAUAAUCUAUUGGUGUCAAUGAGCCCCUCAUUCGAGCUAGCUUUUAAUCGAUCACCAUAUGAUUAUUUCGCACGUAUCCAUCCCUUUUCUGGAUUAUAACACUUACAAAUAUUGUAAACAUCAUUCUUGCACACAAUUUGUAUCAGAUUUGCAUAGCUAAACCAUUAAAUUAACGCAUUUUGAUGAACUCAAUUCUGAUCAUGAGUUGUCCAAUUCACUAAUGUUGUUUUGUCCACAUGAUUUCUAUGGCAACCGCUUGGCGCGCUGCAGUUUGUUUAUUGUGUCCCUCGCGCAUAGCAGAAAUAAAGUUUCUCUAUGUUGAGUGUCUUGAGGCGAACACUUUUAAAAUGCCCAAGAAAAUGCAAUAUUGUGAAGAAAGUCUAAAUUAUGAAUGGAUCAAUAUGAUGACAGUAAACUCAAGCAAUGAUAAAUGCAACAUCUACUUGAGAAUUCGAAUGUUUUCAUUCAAAAAUGGUCAUUUCUAAAGCCGGACAAACCAUGAUCAGAGGUGGUCAAACCAUUAUCAUAAUUCCUAUUUGAGGAAAAUCGUUGAAAAACAUAAAAAUUUGAAUAUUGAGAUUUUCAUGAAGAAAAAUCGAUUUGCAUUUACUAGAUGCGUAAAAACAUCCUAAAUCGGACAAACCAAGAUCAUUUACCCUACCUCUUUAGGUUUGCAGCUUCCGAAACACCAUGAACCAAACAUUCUUAAUAUGCUUUGAGUCGCAUAUCUCACCGCAGGAGUAAUCGAAUGGAUUCUUGAAUGACAUUUAGGUUCAUAUCCAACUUCCUAGCAGAUUGAGCAGGAUUGCGACGAAAUCGAUCCCGUACAAUCUUUUUUAACUUAGAUGUUCUCACAGUUCUUUUUUUUCCUGAACGUGGUCUGUCCUCGUUAGUUUCGGUCUGUAAAUACGUAUCUAUGGCACGGUAACAAAUUUUUCGUUGAUCCCGAGUUGUUUGUGGCGUCUAAAGAUAUCUCCAGAUUUAAAACCUAACAUUAACUAACGAUUCCCCAGCGUACUCGAAAUGUUCCGUUUCCAGUUCCGGGUCCCUUGUUUUGAGUUUUUCAUCAAGUCAUCCAAGUUCUGGAACAUUUAUAGCAACGAACAUUGCAUCAAGAUUGAAUAGAUUAAAAUGAUAAAUCUAAAAUAUCUAUGACCUAUAUAAAACGAGGGUUCUCGUCUGAUCCUCCAUCCACAUUUAUUAUUAUUACUAACUUGAUUAUUUUUUGAUACCGAAUAACGUGGAAUUUAGGCAGCUUGCACACCUUUUUGAAAUCCAGCCCAUGAGGGAAUGCUUUUAAGGAACAGUGCCUUUUUCGUUUCUUUGUUUUUAAGAGGCUUUAAACUUUGCAGUUCAUUCGCCUCCAAAACAGUGCCUUCCUGAACGAACUGUAACGUACCGUUUUGUCCCAUAUUCCGAACAGUCUCAAAUUCCGAACACUUCAUUUUUAAAUUCAAAUUUACUUAACUUUUAUGUUAUAUAUAAUUGAAUAAUGAAAACCCAGACAUUCUUUGAGGUAUAGGCUUCGUUUUGACAUCAUUCACAGGUAUCGAUACAGCCUAUAAUUUAUAAUAUUAGACACUUUCAAAACCAAUGAUAAAAUGUUUGUGUUAGCAAAUUCCGUAAAAAACAAGCAUCCUUCAUUUUUCAGUUUUCGUAGUUGUUUCAACUAUUUUGUUUGUUGUUUUCAUGCCAAGUGCUAGAGAAUGUAUAAACCUACAAUAAAUGGGUGAAAAAAAUAAUAUUUUAUGCAGAAAUAUUCAUUAAAAUUCAUAUUGAAGUAUUGUUCGGAAUUUGAAUCAAUUUUCUACGCAUGAUUAAAAUUCCGAACACUUUAUUUUCAAAUGUAAAUUUACUGAACUUUAAUGUUAUAAAUAAUUGAAUAAAAAAAAACCCUGAAAUUCGUUGGAUUACAGCCUUCAUUUUAACAUCAUUUACAGGUAUCGAUACGACCUAUAAUUUAUAAAAUAAAUGCUUAAUUUACAAAAAAGUGACAGUCAAAACCAAUGAUAAAAAGUUUGCGUUAGCAAAUUCUGUAAAAAACAAGCACCGUUCAUUUUUCAGUUUUUGUAGUUUUUUCAACUAUUUGUUUUUUGUUGUUUGUUGUUUUCAUUUUAAGUGCUAGAAAUGGUAAGAAUGUACAAUAAAUGGAUGAAAUAAAAUGAUAUGUUAUGCAGAAAUCUUCAUUAAAAUUAGUGUUCGGAUUAUGAAUCAAGUUUCUACGCAUGAUUCAAAUUGCGAACACUUUAUUUUCAAAUGUGCAUUUACUGAACUUUAAUGUUAUAAAUAAUUUAAUAUUCAAAACCCUGAAAUUCAUUGGAUUAUAGACUUCAUUUUUAUAUUAUUUACAGGUAUCAAUAUCGAUGCGCCCUUGGUCCCGAAACCACGUAAACUAUAAGAAACAAAUACAAUCAGUAAUUACAAAAACAAAAUCAAUUUUUUUUUGCGAGCAUAACAUUUUUCCAAAAAAGACUAGCUAAUUGACUUUAAUUUGAUAUAUCGACCAUAUGAACCGGUCCAGGAGUUUAAAAGUUAUAAUUUAAAAAAAAAUGCAUUUUUGCUGUUCGGAAUUUGAGACAAAAGUGAUUAAACAUAUUUUUAGUUUUUCACCAUGAAUAUGUAUUCGUGAAUCAAUUUUAUUGUAGUCAAAUGAAAAAGGGGCUCUAUUGUAUCCAAAAAAUUAAAUUAAUUUCGCGAAAGAGUAUCAUUUUGAGUAAUGUGACACUGUCUAAUGGCCAUCAAAGCUUAAGUGUUCGGAAUAUGAUACAAAACGGUACAGUGAACCACUGUAUUGAACUGUUUCAGCACGACCAAGAUGCCCAAGCUUCAUUCCAUGAACUUUUUCGCAACUUUAUCCGCGAAAACAAACUUGAAUUUGUUUGGAACCUUACCACGAACAGAAACCUUGUAGAAUGUGACCCCAGAAGUUGGUUGAAAUCGAGCUAAACGUGAAGUUCGUGAGGUCGUGAGGUCGAUCAAGACUCAUCCAUCGUGUUUCGUCAAUCAUCAGUUGUACUGCUCUAGAGCAGGAAUUCUGGCCACUGUUUGUUUCGGUUGUUUCGGCUCCGGUUGGGCUGUUUAUUAGAUCGGCAAUACCUGCGUUUCACAACUAUAGAAUCUAUUUCACAACUAUUUUUUUCUGAGUUUCCAGAGAUAUGUAAGAAGUCGGUUGAAUUUAUGUAUAUAGUGUAAGUUAUAAUAACUAUCUUCAUUUAAAAGACUGGCCAUUUGAACUUUAUUGUUGUGUUCAGGCGCGAAACAUUCAAAAAACUAAAAUUUCAGUGUUUCAUAACUAUAGAACCAGAUGGACAAACUCUCACUGCUUUACUAAAUUAACGUCAAUUUCAUAUGAAUUACAAUAAGUUCCUCAUUCGUAGAUCAUCUUCAGUUCUCAAUCAGUUCAAAUAACCCUUCCGGGGUGGUUUUGACAAAGUUGCGCCAUGUUGUAGUGUGUAUCUCGUUCUACACAGAGGAUACUGUUCGUUUAAGCUCUUCAAAUCACUCAUAAUGUUUGUAAACUGCAUCUACUAUUCGUACGAUCACUUCUCAUAAGUUCUUAGUAUGGUUUUGUUAUCACCAGUCCAGAAUCUGAAGCUCUUAUUCAUCAAACCAUAUCAUGACUUUCCGGAUUUUAUGAAUUGAUGUCAAAUUACCCAAUUAUCACAUUGUUUUGAUGUAAAAACAGCAUUAAAUGAUCCAGGAGUACUUCCUUGCACACUCAAAUACUAUACCAGCCUCAAGAGCUUCUGCCUUCAUGUAGCAGUUUGAACUAUUGCAGGGUCUAUUGUUGAUUGUCAAGUCUGCCUUCGUGUUUGCUCGGAAAUGACACAGAUUUCCGAUGCGAUGUCGAGCUGAAACCUGAUUUGCUUUCUGUUUACUUCAAUCUUCACAAAUGUUCAUUCACUUCCGGGCAUUCUUCACUGUCUUCACUGUCUAUUUAUUGUCUAAGAUUAGUGCUCCUUACUUGAGGAUUUCAUCUUCUUAGCGUUAACGCAGUACUUGUCCUUGUGGGCAACCUGAUCAAAAUCAUUGCAACAAAUCUUGUGGAAGGGACGGUCCAUGUAAAAGUGCAUGAUAGGGGAAGACGGGGUAAGACCGCCCCCUAAGAAAACCAAUUUUCAGUUAAGCGUCCUUAAGAAUUUCCCCUAUUUUUUGUGCUGCAUAUCUUUGAGUAUAUAAUAAUCUACUACUAAAACAUGCGUAACUGCUGAUUGUAUAACUUUUUCGUCAUUUUUUCAUUAAUUUUUGAAAUGAGAGAAAAAUACUUUUUAUUUUGCUGGCGGGGUAAGAGGGACCACCCGCGGGGUAAGACGGAGCGAUGCUAUUUUCAAACAGUUUAGUCUAGUAAAAAUAACAGGAACAGUGUUGUCUAAGGUACUCUUUGUUAGGGUUCUUCACAAACUAUACACAAACUUCUGUAAAGGCCAUCCAUAUUCCACGUGCAGAGUUUUGAAAAUAUUUUUGAAAAAUUUACCAAAUUUUCGGAAUCUAUAAGGACGAUUAUCUACGUGGGUCUAAAAUCUCUCAAAAUCUGUUCACGGGAAGUCUGAAUGUAUCCCAAGUAGGUAAUUCUAGUUCCGAUUUGAUAUGUUGUUUCGUUAAGCCAGCUCGAAUGCCAGUUCCUUGGCACCUCGCAUUGUCAUGGAGUAGAAUCGUUUCUCCAAAUGCAAAUGCUCCACCGGUUCGUAUUCCUGAGUGGUGGUAAAACUGGAUCAGUGGAUCCGAGCUUCAUUCUCGGUGAUUUAUUGUCUUUGAUUUGUUAGUGGUUCUAGGAAUUCUGAAACUGACUGAUGCUGUCCUGAUGGGCAUGCCGCUUUAGCCAUAUUCAGCUUAUCCAACGUCCAUUGCAUCCGCGACAACUUCUUUAUGUUCUUUCGAGGAAUUUGUGUGUAAAGAGACGAGCAAAAAGAUGGUAUUUUAUUUGAUAUGAAAAUCAUUCAAUAUCACAAAGUGUGGCGCUUUUACCCCGACGAAAAGUUUGUUUUGUUUACAAUUUUGAUAUUUCGUGCGCUCAAGUGUUGCAAAGUGUUUCGAAAUGACAAAAAUGUGCUAUGAAUGCUUCUUGCGGACCAUAUUUGCCAAAAUACUGAGGAUUUUUUAUGAAAUAAGAAGUGGUCCGUCUUACCCCACAGGGCGGUCUUACCCCGUCUUCCCCUACCACAGUUCCGACAAGGCGUCGCCAAACCGUCACCCCGCUAAUACAGGGAACUUGAAACUGGCGAUCUUCUUACUGAACAGGAAUGUUCGAGUUCGACAAACGGUUUGUUUAACCGUCAGGUAAACGUUUUGUAGGCCUCGGAGACUCGCUUCGUGACUUGCAAGUACCGGUACCAUUUGCUGGUACUUCAUCGUAGAGUCAAAAGGAAUUUUUGGCGACUUAAUCCUGAUAACACACGUACCAAAAACCAAACGUGACGUUAUGACCUGGCUCGUACUGAAAGACUCUUAAUAAUUUCAACUACUGAACGAAUUUAACGUGUUUGCUGUAUCGCAUUUAAUGUAUCACUACGUAUUUCUUGCAAUCUCCUCCUCAAAAUAAUAAAUCAUCAAAUUUAAAGCAUCUCCAAACCUCAAAUAUACUAUACCAAUCAUUAUUCCACCCUUCCGAACACAAACCAGUGACAAUACUUAUCCGACCAUUGAAGUUCCCACACUUAUAGCUUCACAAAAUAAAAUGAAAAACUAUGAGCUUCUGUUUCAAUAAAGCAAGAAGAAUGAAAAAACAAAUUAAACUCUAUGAACAAAAACUCUACUUCCAAUUUGAAGCGGUUAGAAUAUUUCUGCAAUUGUAGUACUAGUGAAACUUUUCUUUCUGGACAUCACAAAAAAACACAAAAGCAUGCCAUCGUUAAUAUGAAAAAACCAAAUCUAGGACCUUAGCCAAUUAACAGAGGAUCAAAUGAGGGGAGGAAGAAGAAAAACAGUUAUCAGAGUUUUCCCUAAUUUUAGAAAGAACACGCAUAAUCGGAUGAGAACAAGGAGAGCGGAUAUGUAAUUGCAAAAAUGUGCCUAUAAAUAGUGUAUAUUUAGAACGAAUGAAAAAGAAUGUUGAUCAUACAAUCUACUAGAGCGUUAAGUCUAUAUCGUUGUUGUGCGACCGUAAGAGAUACUUCAAACUAUAAGCUGAAUGCGAGGGAACAGGCCAACGUUGAGAAGAAAAAACAUUCCGGUUAAUUAGAAAGAUGCGAGUUGAUGGAAAGAAACGGAGAAAACUUUCACUUUUGUUUUACAUCCUUCCAAAAUUGCAUGGACAUCUUUGAGAUUGUGUUACGUGAACGAAGUUCUAGUUUAGGAAUCGAAGAAUCGUAGAUCGUUUAGAAGUGGAAGCUGACAAUGAAAAUAUACUUUGCAGCAUUGAGUUUUACCAUCAGUUACAGUAAUAAGUUGUCAUUAUCUGGAACCCAAAAAUUACAUUUGUGUGUCUAAUAUUUCGCGUUUUGUUACAAAUGGGUAGGUUCGUUGCAGUAGUUUAACGAAAUAUUCGAAAAUAACCGUUAGUUUUUGCGAGUUGAGAACGAGUUGCAACUCCAAUGAUCGUGAAGAUUGACCUUCCAACGAAGUUCUACGACUAUUUUCUUGUAGUUCGUCCAACAAGUCUGGCUUAACAACCGUUAAAAAACCUUUUUAAGCAAAAACACAUUCCUGUCUUCAACAAUAUUUCCACCGAAAUUGUAAUAAUCCACAGUGAGAAACAAUGUCAACACUUACAACCCUCGCCGGGAAUCGAACCCGCAACAAGUCGUCCAUUGAAAAAGUUCGGAAGAUAAGGCGUACACCGAUAAUUGCUAAGCGAACUGUUAGUGGCUGCUUUCGAUCGUUGAUUGUAAAAUUUCCAACAAACCGGAAGGGAAGAACACAAAUAUUUGAAAGCUUGACGCUAUUUGCAUAUUCAUGAGAGUUUCCCAGUAAGGACGACUUUCGCCUUAUAAUGACAUGCAUCGGAGGGAAACUUAAAAUUUCAUCCGCCAUCCCGCUGACCCCAACUAACUUCUCGGAGGGGCCGAUUGACAGUCGUCGCUUUUUUUCCUUUUUUUCAAUUCCACUCUGCUGUUACGAGGUAAAGCAACAUUUCCGGCACGGGUAAUUGAAAAUUAAAUUGUUCUCGCUUGGAAAACAAUUAUUAUCCGACGCUACUCUCAACCGCCAACCCAUUUCGAAGCGGAGCGGAGUAAACGCGUCCCUCUCCACUUCGUAUUUAAUGCCAUUUUCACGCUUUCUCCGGAUUCUUCAAUGAAGGGGAUAGGACGAUGUCUGUCGUUUGCGGUUUGUUCUAUUAAUUUAGAUUAUGUUAUUUCAGGACAUCCGACCGAGGGAAUGGAAUUCCUGCCACAACAAAAAAAAAAGAAACGCACAAGAAUGUAGACGUGAUAAAUGCCUUUCAAUUUGUUCCCGUCUGGUGAGAUGGGAAGAGCGAUGGGGUUAACACGAAGUGGGUGGAGAAAACUUAUCGGAGCCCUUUUCGACGCCCGACCGCCACCAGUUGCAGUAAAAACCGCUCAAACGUCGUUGCAGCUGUUAGCGGGAGGAAGCAUUUUUGCGAUGCGCAGAAAGUGUUGAAGGAAGGUAUAAAGUGGAUGCUUGUUGAAUAAGUUUAAAUUGAUUGCUAUAAGUUUGGAUGCUUCUGAGAGGGAUGGGAUAACCAAUCCACGAUGAAGAAGACGUUGGUACAUUUUGUGGAAUUUCAAUUGUGGUGAAUCGGUUAUGCAGUAUGUGUUUAAGCACGCUUCACGUUUUCCGUUUGCAUAGAUUCAUGCAUUUCAAUUAAUUUGUGACAUUGAGGCAAAAAAAAACGCUCUGCACAUAAAUAAAAAAAUAGUUUCUUGAUGCAUAAAGCUUGUAAAUUUCACAUACAGUAUGCUAGAAGUGACGGCGAGAGCUGAUACAAAUCAGCUGCCAUUUCGCUGACAAACACUCAAAGAAACUAAGAGACUCAUUCGGUAAUCAUAAAGAAGUUUCCUGUUAAAAAAAUAUCGAGAAAACAUAUUCAUUUAGGUUUUAAAUGAAUACAACCACACUAACAAAAUGAUAAGGUUCUCAAACUAACGAAAAAUUUCAUUCUUCAAUGGCUUGCCUUCUUGCCAAAAAUGUAUCCGAGGUAUGACCGCAUACUGUAGGAAUACGUUACGAUAUUUGAUGCAAAUUGUUUUUUAUACCUUUGAACACAAAAUGAAAUUGUCUAUAUUGCAAUAUAUUGUUUGGGAGUUUGGUGCCGAUUGGCCACGCUAUGCCAUAUGACUGAGUAAUAAUUGAGCACUUAUAAUUGGUCAAUUUCCGUGACGCGAACCCCGAAUACCCUCAAUCAGGGUAACCAUAUCUACAGAAUAAACUGUAUUCAUACAGAUUUUUCAGACUUUCAGAAACCAAGAAUCUGUAGAUACAGUUUUUUUUUUUGGAUUUCAUUCAGAUUUACAGAUUUUUCAAAAUAACCAAUCCGAUCCAAUACUAGUUAUGGCCUAAUCUCAAUCAUAUUUUCUCCCAACUCACCAAUUUUAUCCAUAUAGCAUUCGUAUCAGUCUGAUUAAGAGCCAUUGUGGUAUUCAUAUGUAGGUAUAGUAUUGCUUUCUCAUGAUCAAUAUAAGGAGAAAAGAUGCAAAAGUCUGCGUUAUCGGCUAGCUUUACAAUAAAUAAAUAACACUGUUUAUCUUUUUCCUACUAUAGCACAGUGAGUACGAAUUUUACGUGGAUACCAUCAACAUCGCCAAAUUCAUAAUAACUAUGCCAAUCAAUGAUACUAAAGGUAAUAUUAUGCUUCAAGAUUGGACUUAUAGAUUUUACCCUUUGCGUUCGUAUUAAAUUUCGACAUGUGUGUCGUACUGUUCGCAAUUUUUUUUACAUGAUAAAGCAGUGAUGUAUAACUUUGUAGGAUUAUGGAAGACGAACAAGGUUCUACUAUGUUUUGUAAACUUCUGAUAAAUGUUCACUAAACAAUGUUUUAUUGUUUAUGUUUAAAAAAUAUUUGCUAUAAUUCUUCUUCGUGAGAUGUCUUCUACACGUAUCACAAAAACAUUUAGAUUGGUGCCUUCCGCCUUUUAUCUUUCCGUUUGAACAUACAGAACAAUGCUAUUCACAUCUACACAGUGCCGUAAUACGUGGAGUUUUCCAUUAAGCCAAAUCUCACAUGAACCGACAGUGGGGCAUGGUAUGUUGUGACAAAGAAUAUUUCCAAAAGAAUAUAUUUUGCUAAAGGGUGUGUCACAUCAAAUUGCAUCACGGAAAAAACGCUGUAGAAAUUCGCCCAAUAGACCGAUCCUUUUGAAAAUUUUAGACAGUAAAAUAAAAACUAUUAAACAACUUUUGGCAUUUUCUUUUUAUUCAUACUUCGAGCCCAAGCCCGUAUGCUCGCACCUUCCUCUUUACCCCGUCCAUAAGGUUCUGUACAACGUCAGGUUGUAGUUUUUUUUUAACAGAAAUCCAUUUUCUCUUGAAGUCCGCCUCCGAUUUGACAACUUUUGGGUUCUUCCGGAAGGCCUGCUUCAUAAUCGCCCAAUAUUUCUCUAUUGUUCGAAGCUCCGGUUGGGCGGGUUCAUUUCCUUUGACACGAAGGUGACCCCGUACCACUCCAACACGUCCUUUGAAUAGUGGCACGAAGCGAGAUCCGGCCAGAAGAUGGUCGGGCCCUCGUGCUGCUUCAAUAGUGGUAGUAAGCGCUUUUGUAGGCACUCCUUAAGGUAAACCUGCCCGUUUACCGUGCCGGUCAUCACGAAGGGGGCGUUCCGCUUUCCGCAAGAGCAGAUCGGUUGCCACACCAUGUACUUUUUGGCAAACUUGGAUAGUUUCUGCUUGCGAAUCUCCUCCGGAACGCUGAAUUUGUCCUCUGCGGAGAAGAAGAACAGGCCCGGCAGCUGACGAAAGUCCGCUUUGACGUAGGUUUCGUCGUCCAUUACCAGGCAAUGCGGCUUCGUCAGCAUUUCGGUGUACAACUUCCGGGCUCGCGUCUUCUCCACCAUGUUUUGCCUUUCGUCGCGGUUAGAAGCCUUCUGAACCUUGUAUGUACGCAGGCCCUCCCGCUGCUUGGUCCGCUGGACGAAUGAACUUGACAAAUUCAGCUUAUUGGCGACAUCCCGGACCGAACUUCUCGGAUCACGUCUAAACUGCUUAACUACGCGCUUGUGAUCUUUUUCACUGACGGAGCAUCCAUUUUUGCCGUUCUUCACCUUCCGGUCGAUGGUUAGGUUCUCGAAGUAUCGUUUUAGUACUCUGCUGACCGUGGAUUGGACGAUUCCCAGCAUCUUACCGAUGUCCCGAUGUGACAACUCCGGAUUCUCGAAAUGAGUGCGCAGGAUUAAUUCACGACGCUCUUUUUCGUUCGACGACAUUUUUCCAAAUUUAUCAUAAAUUGACAGUGAAGCAUGGCCAACGUGAUCUAUACACUCUUAUCUGAUUAUCUGAUUAUAAGCUGAAAAUAUAAUUCCUAAAAAUUAAAUUUCUACAGUGUUUUUUCCGUGAUGCAAUUUGAUGUGACACACCCUUUAUAUACCAUAACGAAGAGUUCAAUGUAUAGGUUAUCUUCACUGACGAAAAACAGUUCAAUUAGGAUGGUCUUGAAGGUUUCAACGGGUACUGGCGUGAUUUACGGAAGAAGGAAAGGUAUUUUUCAACCAGGAAUUCUGGAUCGAGCAUGGUUUGGGCGGGAUUCUGUGCAACCAGAAAGCUCAAGACAGCUUUCAUAUCAUUCAAGGAUUACACACAUGUUCUGGAAUCCUCUCUCCUACCAUUUUUGCGUGUAUAUCGUCACAAAAAAUUCACAUUCCAGCAAAACAAUUCUUCUAUUCAUACCAGUAAGAAACUAAAGAAUGAGGAUCAAAAACUUAAUUUGUUGGACUGGUCGGCUUACUCUCCAGAAUUGAAUCCUGUUGAAAAUCUUAGGGGAAUCCUUGUACGCAGAAUCUACACUGAGGAAAAACGGUACACCAAGAUUGAAGAGCUCAAGGUCGCAAUUUCGGAAACAUGGAAAAAUAUCGAGUAAAUCGUUCAGCAGCAUUUGGUAAAUAAUAUUCCAACACGAAUUUUGAUGAAAGAAAUGAGCGCCAUUGUGGCAGCCAUCUGUGGCUAGCUUCCACCUUCACCUUAAAUCUAACAAUAAGCUUGCCUAAAACCUAUUCUACUCUCGCGAUUUCAGUGCUUUUGAGAAAAGCAAAUUCACCAAAUCUACGUUAUGCAUAUGAGUCAAUUGAUGAUUAAAAUUUUAUUGAAGAAUUUUAACCUUCAAGGAACAGGCUAUGGUACCUCUGAACAGAUUCAGUGUCAUGUCUACCGUGUUCAAUAUAUUCUCAUAUAUCUUUUUUACCUCGCUGUAGUGAUGAGCAGCAGCACAUACACUAUCUUUGUAUUGGUGUACACUUGCACAAAACCACUGGCGAAUCUGAUUGAUUAUUUUCUUUCAGAAUCUACACUUAGAAAAAUCUCCGGUCGAAAACUACCAAAUACAUUUGGUAAUGCAAAAUUAGUAGAAUGUACAAAUUUUUUGUACAUUUUGUCAACAAACCCGCAUCCCUACAAGAGUUUAGUACAUUUUACUCGAUAACAUUUGUAAACCUGAAUAAUGUCAUAUCUGAAAACUGGUGAGAAAAACGCGUAUUAACCAUUUUCAUUGUUGCCAUAAUGCAAUACGGAGGUAUAAUAUGGAUAUAAUUCUGAUACGUGCAUUUUCAGCGGGAAAAUGUAGCCGAUAUUGGGCUUACGAUUCAUGGUUUUGCUUGACAUACGUGUUUAUUAGUACGGUCGAAAGUGACUAUAGAUUGGUAUUAUUUACCAAAAAAUUCGUUAUAUUUACUAAAUAUUUCUCUCAGUUUAUUGUUUAUGAACGAUGAAAGGGUUUCGUGUUGUGGUAAUAAAAGGUUUUGAGAAGGAGUGCGCCCAGCUCCUAUUUUUAUAAGUUUUAAAAACCUGGGAGUGAAGCACGAUUUUGUUCAUCGAAUCAUUAGGGGUUAUGGUGAAACUUCCUCGCAAAGACUAAUCGUAUGAUUAAGAUCUUCAGUAGGCGAAUUUGACGAAAAUCACAACGCUUAGUACGACAAUCGACAAUCGACAAUGUGCUCAAACACGACCAUAGAUACGAUGCUUUUGAGAAACGUAAAAUUGAUGGAGUUUCGAAAGCAACGAUUUGAAAUAGUUAUUCUCGUACUAUCACGGCACGGUGUACAAGACUUUGUUUUUCCGGAUGGAAAGUUCUUACCGGACAACAGUAUCACAAUGUCCAAAACGACAGAUUGUGGGCCUACAGUUUGAGGAAUAUUCCAAAUAGUAACAGAAAUAUUCAAUGGAUCCAAAGCGAUGGGUCCAUCAUUGUUUGGGGGAGGUAAGCGCAAACGCGGCAAACUACCCCUAGUUUUAUUGAGAGAGGAAUUCAUAUAACCGCGUUAUAUUUCAAAACGGAUGCUUUGCAGAAUGUCGCAAUUCCAAGAAAGCAGAAAGUUUGUACGGAAAUCACCAUUACGUAUGUCAACAGGACGGAACGCCUUCUCAUGCUGCGAAUUUGGUUCUGAACUUGUGUCGGAAAUUUAACCGGCUUUUCUCCUAGUUUCUCCUUGGAUCACUUCGUUGGAUCAUACAUGCUGUCGAAGGUAAACGAGCAAAAUGUGUCUACCUUGGUUCUUGGGCGGGAUCCUCCGAACCCGGUAUGAAGCACCGAUGGAAGUCAUGCGUAUUGAAUUCGUAUGAACGAAUAUUGGAUGAAGAUGGAGCUCAGAACGUUUUUAUUUAUUUACUAGCUGACCCGGCGAACUUCGUCCCGCCAAAAAUUGAUUUUUUGAUAUAAAUACUUUCAAAUAUUCACGUUUUCUUACUAAGCGAACUUUCGUAGGUCCAAUUGCAGAACACUCCAUUGAUUGAUGUAAAGGGUCAAAACCCUUUAAAAUUUCCUUUUACUAUAAAUUUCCAAGUACUUCUACCAAAAUUCGUCAUUAUAAUAUAAAACUAUUUUCAGACACAAUUCUCGUUGUUCAAGAUUCUUCAAUCACUUGCAAAUAACAUAUUUCUCCGACGCAUGGAACACAUGUUCGAUACAGAGAAUAUUAUAAAAUAAAGACAACUCAAAUCGGACAAUUGUUUUACGCUUAUCAACACAUUUGGCGAUCCCUUUUUAUUCAUAUAAAUAGAGUACAUAGGAGUUUCGCUUGAAAAUUUAUUUCCAGGUAACUCUCGUUAGCACAAACAUCAAAUGGCCUAACAACGCUAAUCAUGAUGUAAUAGUAGAGCAAAUGAGAAUUCAAUUUUCCGAAUUCUCCGACCUUUUCUCUCCGCCAUAUUAAUCUACGGGAGGAGACGAACACAACAAAAUAAAAACGGCUCAAAUCGGACCAUCCCUUCCUCGGGUUUUCCGCUUAGCCAUACAUUUGGCCUUCCAUUUUUAUUUAUAUAGAUCUUGCCUUAACGUCUUUACAACAUUUUAGUACUGAGAACCAGGGUUUGGAAAUAUUGAGCUUGUUAAGUAAUAUUGAAAAUAUCUUUUUAUCAGUGUAACGCGUUUGUUUUGCCUGUCGAUGCCGCUGUCAUUCAUUCGACGUCAAAUAAAUUUGUUUGGACGGCGAAGAAGCAUUCUGCAGAAUCGAUUCGAGUAGCGAAUGCAAACUUCGUCAGCCAAAGCUGGAUGUUGGCAAUUUCAUCCGCUCAUCCUAUAGCACAGUUCGAUCCGUUUGCAAAAGGAAGCUCGAAAUAUUCCCAUUGCGGUCGUGUCUGGGACACUACAUUCUAUAUUCGUGUGUUCAGAAUUUGAGACAAAAAUUAAAUGUUCGGAAUUUCAGUAAAGACGGUUUUUGACGUAGGACUACGUCUUUCAUUUCUAUACCGGGGUGUAAAAUCAAAGUUUCGAAAACGAAAGCGUUACGCCGGAGACCGAGAUUUUGAGUGUUAAUAGCUCCUAAACAACUGAACGAAAUGGUAUGAUAAACACUUCAUUCGAAAGAUAAAAUGUCUACGCGUUCUAUACUUGUUACUUUCUGAUCCAAAAACUUGUUUCAAUAGUCUUAAAUUUGCUUUCAAAAUAGGCUAUUGAAAUCACCAAUCGGUAUAUAAGCGAGCGCCGCUCGGAAAUCCACUCAGUUCUAAUUGAACAGUGAUUGGAGCAUGUUGUCGUUGUUGUGGUGAAGCUCUUCAUUUAUCAUGAAAGCGCGGAUGAACGGUGUCACCAAGAGCCUGUUUGUGCACCUUAGGCCAGCCGCUACACACACACACAUACACGCACGGAAUUCUUUCCGUUUGGAUCGAGAAGAUCCGGAAAAUAAGCUGCCAGUUCCUAUAGGAAUUUAAAAAUACAUUCAUGUGAAAGAAUUUAUUUGAAUGUUUUCUAUCCAUGUAACACUGUGACCAAAUAUGUUUCAAUCAAGUGCUAUUAACAGAUGGUUAUCGAGUUAGCAUUAGCCACUGGUGGGCUUCCAGUAUCGAGGAAAAUGUGGAAAUAUCUAAUCGUUACUGAAAAUAAUCUGCCAGCUCCUCUGGGAAUUUAAAAUUACAUUCAUAUGAAAGAGUUUAUUUUAAUGUUUUCUAUCCAUGUAACACUGUGACCAAAUACAUUAGGUUUUGUGAUUUUUCAAUCAAUCGCAAUCAACAGGAUAGCUUCUGAAGAUUAUUCUUCCCCAUCAGUAGGAUAUUUCCGUAUCCAAUAUUGGAUGCAUAAAACCUUGUGCCUUCAACGUAACGCUCUCCAAAUAUUCAUUCAUUCAGAAUGAAUUCAGAUUCAACUUCAUACAAAUGAUCUCUAAAUCAACGAUAGUCCUACGUCACCCUUGCGGUUAUACCAUAGAUAUAACCCCCUUCCUGUUUUUACAUCGGAUUUGGAGUCUUUUGAAGCAUUUCUGACAAGUGGAAUAGGAAUUGCAUAUUCACUAUAUAAAAUGAAAGCAUUUUAACUGAGACUGAAACCGUGCAUGUCUGAACAAUUUAAUUUCUUGUCACUAUUAUGAGUAUUCUGUACUUCGUUAUCUUUCUCAACGCAUUUCUCCGUUUCGUCAAUGUCCGAGAACGAUGCUGAUAGUGAAUGGACUGGUAUAUUAAUAUCAAUGAAUGACAAAACUAGGGAAAACUAUUUUCUUUUGCUCACAUUACGUGAACGCAGAGCAGAACGUAAAAGAGAAUGAACGAAACUGAAUGAAUCAACUGUGAGUGGCUUGCUGCGAUUGUGAAGUUUGGUGUUAGUUCAUUUUCGGUAUCCCGAAUGCAAUGGAACAAUGAUCAAAGGUGAUCGGAAAUUCAAAUGAAAAGAUUGAUGGUAAACAGAUGUUUCCAAGCACUGCUGAGAACAUUUCGCACGAUUUAUAUGUCUAUUUAACAAUGCACAAGCACAAUGUUGAAGAGGUAGUUGUUCUAGUUCUUUACACUCCUCCUUUUCCUGGCGGUCUUCUCCCGGAUAAUUAAUAGAAAAUUGCAAAAAAAUACUCUUUCAAAUAUGAAUUUAGUGUCCGGGAAUAUCAGCGAACAAAUGUUUCUUCACUUCAAUGACGACUGACUAUUCAAUAAGGAGGCUCACAUAUUUCUUCCCUGUUGGAGACGUUAGUUAAUUGUUUGUUUCAAAGAGGUUCUAAACUUUGCAGUUAAUUCGUCUCUAUGAUUGGGGAUGUGAUAGAUUCUUAUUAGCCUUUCGAUGCUGGUGGAACGAUCAAAACUUGGUUGAAGAAAAAUACGCGUUAUUUGGUUAGGUUAUUUUAACGCCCGCCAUUAAUUCUGUACAGCGGUUUCGUCAACUUUUUCAUCGCAAAUCGUCCGUAUGCUUUCACUUUCCACCGUUUGUUGCACCUUCUUCAAGUUCUGCUUGACGAUGGCAAAAUGUUCCUCAUAGAGCGGACCAUCGCCUUAUUCUCGGCACCUUCUUUCCAUAGUACCAGGAUGCCAAAUUCAACCAAAACAGAAAAUGUUUGUAAUUUUUUUUUUUUGGGAACGGCGGCAACCGUUUCUCUAGGCUUACCUUGACCUAUAUGUUCUGGUUGUUGGUCCUCGUGACAAUCAUAAUAUCGCUUCUCCUGGCGCAGGUCCAGAAACCCUGAAAAACCGGAUAUUUUUUGGGGAAUUCGUAUAAUUUUAUGAUCUUGAAUAGAGAUGGGCAAACCGUUCACGAACGGUACGAAAGAACUAGUUCACCAAAAAGAGUGAACGAACGGUCGUUCUUUUUCAAAGAACGGUAGUUCUCCCCACGAACUCAUUCCGAAAGAACAGUUUGCGAGUGAACUGUUUGAGACCGAACUGAUUGAGAGUGAACUGUUUGUGUACCAACUGUUUGCGAGUGAACUGUAUGGGAAAGAACUGUUUGAGAUCGAACUGGUUGAGAGUGAACUGUUUUUGAACGAGCUGCUUGCGAGUGAACUGUAUGGGAAAGAACUGUUUAAGAAUGAACUGAUUGAGAGUGAACUGUUUGUGAACGAGCUGUUUGCGAGUAAACUGUAUGGGAAAGAACUGUUUGAGAACGAAGUGUUUGCGGGCGAACUGUUUGCGAACGAACGAGUCCAGCUGAACUGAUUUGCGCUGGACGGAAUAGAUAAAUAUAACGAGAACGCUUGUAAGAAAAAUAAAACGAUAUUGUCAUUUACGUGCAAAAAUUCAUGUAACGCAGGGUUUAUUUUGUUGAUGUAUACUCGAUUUUGGAUUAAAAAUUAAAUCAGAUUUUCGUAGUUUAAAAGGCAAAAUAUUUAAAAAUAUUUUCAAUUUAAUAUAUUUUUCAAUUCCGCGUAACAUUCAUAUACUUUUUGAUUAUCAGAAAAAAACUGGGGGAGCUGGGGCGCUUCAUAAAUUAUGUAUAUUUUACCUAAUAAAAUCUUCUAGUGAGGGCAAGUUGAGAAAAAAGUUUUUUACGUUGCUUCCAAUCCAUUGUUUGGCCUAUUGCUUGUACAUGGUGAUCGUGAUUGUUUAUAUGAUUGAUUGUUAGUAAAAACUGGAAGAAAAUCGCUGCCGGUAUUUUUUCUGUGAAUGCACCCUUAUUAAAUGAAAUAUGAUCUUACAUGGAACCUGUUUUUUGUGCUGACAGAAAAUAUGAAAAAUUGCACAUAUUUUGUGCGCAUCAAACUAUUACAAAUACUAUUGUCGGUCGAUAAACAUAUUUUCACAUACAGUUUACGUCUUUUAAAGAAAAAGCACCUUUUCUUUCCCCACUAAAUUUCAAACAUAAAAAUCCCAUACGAAUAAAAAAAUCUCCUAUCCAAUCCAACGAUAUCAAAGAAUAACUGUCUCUUGAUGUUGGAUUCCAGCUGACAUUCUUCUUCUUCUUAAAUGGCAUUAACGUUCCCAGAGGAACUUCGCCGUCUCAACGUAGUGUUACUUGCGUCAUUUUUACUGGUUGAUCUAUGCCAAAUAACGCGCCUAGAAUGUAUUUUUGAGUAUCAAUCUCUAGAACACGCCUGACCACAAUGCAAGUCGGAGGAAAUUUCUUGUACUUUGAAUUCCCCCGAAUCGAACCCGAACCCCCGGCAUGUUAGGUGUGACACUAUCCAUUUGGUCACGGGAGCACUCCAGCUAGCAUUCUAUGUUGUUUCCAAUACUGCGAGAAAUAAAGAGCGAAAGAACGGUUCAAAAGAACUGGUUUACUUAGAUGAACGGUUAAUGACUGAACCGUUCAUCAAAAUGAACUGUUUUGCCCAUCUCUAAUCUUGAAUACGUCUGUCACCAUUCCCCUUUACGCCGGCGUUUAAAACUGCUGUUCCGCUUGCAGUCCGAAAUUCGCAUGCGAGAAGCUUGGAUUUUCACGUUUACGAGCAAAAUUUUCAAGCGCCAUUUUGAGUACUGAAGUGAAAAUGUCAAAAUCAAAGUAGAGCAUUUCUUCUAUACUUAUACACAAAUAGAGAACAAAUAGAGGAACUGCUCUGAUUCCAUGUACACUCAAAAGAAAAAUGGCAAAUUGAGGUUGACCAGAUUUUGAUCGUGAUGAUGAUCUAUAUAAUAUGUAGUAAAAAGCCCUUAAUUCCUGCAUGACAUUCCUGUCGAUUUUUUAACCCUUGUUGUGUAUGAACCAUUACGUCCAUUGUUUUGAAGUAUUGUGGUUUACCCAGUUUUUUACUGCACUUCAAGCUUAUGUACUGCCUGUCUAAUAGAAAACAUCUUCCUUGUUUGCAAAAAAAACUGGUAUAGUCGAUCUUCACAAGCUCUCUAUUAUCAAAAUUUUCGACAAUUGGUGGACCAAAACGUGGUGCGUUUUCGACAUAAAAUCAUCGAAACGGAAUACAAAUCAUAUAUUUAAUGAUUUUCCUAUUUUGAAGCUGUCAGUACCAGUAAUCAACUCUAUCCUAAUAAAAAGCCCUGUGUCGGUCGCCAGGUACCAACGCGUGGCUGAAUAUUUUAACUCUAAUGUCGUUUACGAACAGGUCCAGGAGCAAUUGACCUGGGAUCCAGGGAUGUUAUCGGCUUCAAUGUCUCGAAAACCCUCGUUUACAUGUGAAUGGACUUUAUUGUUUGAAGCAUCUAUGUUAUAAACGAAGAAGGUCCUCUUUGACGAGUUUGUGCCUUUCGUAAACUUGUAUUUUAUGCAUAGAAGAUUCAAUGAAUUUGAAGUUUGAUCCAGGUUUUAAACUUUUUUAGCCGAACACAAGAAAUACGUUGAAUUCUAUUUAAUCGAGUAUAUUUGAAAUGAAAAUCUUUUUAGAUAAGGAGUAUAUAAACUGUCGCUACAUAUGUUCUAAUGUUACAAAAGAAGCUUCACCAGAAAAAUGUGGAAAAUAUUGCACGAUAUCUUAUUAAAUUGUCACCUCGAAUAAAAACGAACCAUGGAAGGUUGUAAAACAAAUCUAACAAUGCACAAAAAAAUCAAUUAUGUACUCUAAAAAUUACCACUAGGCAAUCAGAGAAAACCCAAGAGAAUUUCACUGCAACAGACUGCGCUAUCUACCAGGUACGAAAAGAAUAAAACGAAUUGAAAUUCAUAUUGAAUUGUUAUUUCCCACUCCCUCUUCCAAAAAAAAUGAAUGUAAAAGUAGUCUAUAUAUACUUAGCCUUGUAGAGCCCUCCUGAUAGCAACAAUCAAUCAUCUACUUUUAAAAAGCAAACAUAGACGUAGUUAUUCGUGGAUCAAAAAAAAAUGAAACAGCCAAUCAAUCAAUCAAUUGCCUUCGAAGCGAACGGAACGACCAAGGCACGCGUGUGUGUGUGUGUGAGCGUUCACACCGUUGAACCAAGGAUAAUCAGCAAUGUCAAUUUUUUUACCAACCAACAAAAAAAACACACUCUUAUCUAGCGAAAAUCUUGAACCACUCAACCGAUAUUUUACUAUUGAGCAAAGGUAGCGAGAAAGUUGUAGGAAAAAUAGUUUUCACUGAUCGAAACAAUUGAACAAUCAAAGUGAUGGUGAUGGGAAUCAAAACAGCAGCGUUUGGACGUCAGCGAAAAAAACGUAGACCGAAUCUUUUUUCUUCUACUUUAGAACUGUGCCAUCGUAGGGUGAACUCUUUUAGAUGAUACGAUUAAGUAGUAAGCUGGCCAACUUUUAAAUGUGCUUAAACGAAAUUGUUCACUGGACAAAACGUAAAAAAAAAGUGAAAGAGAAACCAAGACGGUAAAAACGACGUGAGAAACGAUUAGUAAUAAAACAGCACAAUUCGGCGGAAAAUACUCGAGAAAGAAGUUUCAUUGACUAUCGCUGGAUCGAUUAAAAAAGGGUAGCUUUAAAUAGACUUUAGGAUGAUACGAAAUUAGACGGAACAGAACCCGAGGUAACAUUAAUAACAGAACAAUUUAGGUAGUAAGAUGAACCUCGACGGAAGAAACCAUCCAUUAAUGCAUGAAAUUAUAAAUAAAACCCAUGUUGUGAGUUGGAGUUUAAUUGACUGCAGAAGAAAACCGGUAACUGAUAUGUUAACAGCAGGCGGAUAGAAAGGUUAUGUUUUUUUCUGAUGUACGCCUCUGCUGCAGAAAGAAAUCGAUACGUUAUAAAAAUAGGGGCAUUUACCUAACCAACGCUUAUCACAAAAUCGGUAGCAGUAAAGCAUCGUUAGCAAAGUCGUUAGCAAUUAGCGAUAACGAAAAAAAUGGUGCUCCAAAAGCUAAAGAAUGAUAAAAGAGACGUAUAUUCUAAUGAGGUAGUUGUAUUCACAUUUCAACUUUCAUUUUUAAACAUUGUUCAAUGUUAUGCUUCUUUUCUAAUCUAGUAAUUAGUUUUUUUUAUAAUCUAGAUUUUGAAAAGCCUUUCGGCGUUUACCAACAAAUGACAUUACGAGAAAUUCGUGAGUGUAGUGGCACAAUAAACAGGAAACAAUGUGAACAAACUCUAAAUUCAAUGCUUAUCAUUUCAUCGAAAGUUGCUAAACUGCACGAUUCCAUUUAAAAAAAAUUCUUAAGGCUGAUUUAGACGAUGCCAGUCAGCGCUCUAGUUGAAGUAUCCAGUGAUCAGAGAACAGACACUCUGUUCAAGUUACUUGUACCAGUAUCGAACAAGUAAUUGGCCUCCAACUUAAACAGAGUGUCUGUUCUCUAUUCACUGGAUACUUCAACUAGAGCGCUGACUGGCAUCGUCUAAUCAGCCUUUACUGAAACACCGAAUUCUUGUUGAAACCAUACUCAGAAAUAACAUUCAAAGCUAAACUUAGACGCAUCUAAAGUAAUGAGCUUCACAUUUUCGUCGACAUGUGUAUCUGUCACUAGUGAGUACUAAUUCAAUGUAUUAUUUCAAUAAAAUUAUCUGUUCUGGACCAUCUGAUACAAUGCCAGCCUAGAAGUAUUAUCACUUAAAAUAUGCGUCUCUAGCAGAAAAGUUCAUUAUUGCGAGAAAUUCGUAGAAUGCUUCAAUUAUUGAACAAUAAAAAAACACAAAACCAAUUGUUAUGGUGAAUGACAAUUAUGCAAAGCAGUAAGUCAUUACAUGACGGUAUUAUGUAUCACAGUUUUCAUUUUUUCUUCCAAACAAACUAAUGUACAUCUUACACAGAAAGCUUGUUCUUUUAGUUCCAUUUUAAGUUAAUUAGUAAUCAACCGAGUCCAUUAAGAGUAACAAGGUUCGGUUCUAACUUAAACCAGUCCAAAAUACUCAGUAACACAAACUGAUGCAAAUAUUAUUGAAAAUCCACUAAAUUUGCUUCCAACCCAAUAUACACACUAAACUUCGGGACAUAACUGUAAAAGAAAACAAUACCACUGAGCUUAUAUACACUUCCAGAACAUGAAAUGGGAAAAUCCAAAAAUAAAACUCCACAUAAAAUACCAUGUAGCAUCUUAACAAUCACAAAUGUUUACUCCGUGCAGGAUGACUUGAAAGGUUUUCAAAUGCCACCGAAGCAUGAACUUAAUUCUAUCAAACUUCGUCAUCUGAAGAAAAUAAUUCGCUUUCAACAGAGAAUCUGACAACUGAUAGCGCAAGACUCGCCACAAAGUUUAGGUAGUGGUAGAAGAUCAAAAAAAGGGAAGAGGAAUAAAAAAACAAUAUCAAAGGAAAAACUCUAAAUUUUUAGUGACGCUAAAUGGUAUAGGAUUGUAGCCACCAUUACGACCAUCACCACGAUGGAAAUGUUGAAUCGUGUUUAGAAGUAAUUUGAAAAUGAAAAUAAGAAAAAAAACAACAUAAAAAAAGUCAAAACAAACAAGUUAUCUAAUUGAAUGUCGCUAAUAAAGAAACAAAAAAAAACAAACAACAACAAGGUGUUAAUAAUAGUUAUUAUAUAAUUGUAGAUUAUAGCGAGAGGAAGAAAAAAUACGAAUAUUAUUGACGAUUUGAAAACUGUGUAGAUACCGUUCGGUUAGCACACAGCAGAAUCAGCAACAGCAGGUGGAAUAGUGCGAGUUCUAUUAAAAGGGUGAAAACAAUUAGAAAACAAAACAUAGUGAUAUAUGGUACGCGGACUAAGCGAACAAGAGAAAUUUAAGAAAAAAAAGUUGUUUGAAUAAUUGAUAGGGUUGUACAAAUUGUAUAAAAUAAAGAACGUAAAAGAAUAAGUAGUAAAUAACAAAAUUAUAGAACAGUUUAAAUUAUUAAGAAAUGUGUUAAAUUGAU